AUGUCAGUGUUUAGAUUAGCCUCAAGAUCCGCUAGAGCAUUUAAGCCAAUAAAUUCUUACGGGCCUAUACGUUUUUACUCUCAACUUCCUGAGGGAGAGUACGAGCAGAAGAUUUACAAUAUGUUGAAUGAGAGGUUCUCACCAGCUAAGCUCGAAGUUCAAGACGUUUCCGGAGGUUGCGGUUCAAUGUUUGCUAUCCUAGUAGAGAGUAAAGACUUCAAGGGUAUCCCCAUGGUCAAACAGCACAGGCUAGUGAAUGAACUAUUAAAGGAUGAAAUCAGCCAAUGGCAUGGGUUACAGUUAAAGACGAAAGGUGUGUGA